CGCAGCCCCGCAGAGCCAUGGAGGAGGAGAGCAGACUCACCUCCUGCACCGGGUCCAGCCUCCUGCAGCCACUCAGCGACAUCACCAGCCUGCCUCUGGACCAGGUGAACUUCGUGGCGUGUCAGCUGUGUGCGCUGCUGUCGGCCUUCUGGUUCCGUCUCUUCCUUCCUCCCAGCAGCACCAGGCCCUUCACCAGACACCUGGUGGCCACCGGGCUGGGACUCUACUUCGCUUUCUUCUGCUUCGGAUGGUGAGGGA